AUUAUCGCCGGUAUAAAACCAACGGGACCGUUGUCAUUUUCAUCAGUGUAUCGUCCCGCAACCGUCCAAAAGGUUUACGAUAAGGAAAAAAGAAGUUUCGACUACAGAGUAAAAAAAAACUUCAACUCGAAAACUUAAGCGAUGAACACUCCAUCCAAAAAAGUCGCUCUCCUUGCCGCCGCAUUGGUAUUGAUCGCGAUCGUAGGGUACUCGGCGGCGGACAUGGCGGACGUGGGCUUGUGCAUCAGGAACUGCGCUCAGUGCAAGAAGAUGUUGGGCGCCUACUUCGAGGGGCCGCUGUGCGCAGAUGCUUGUGUCAAGUUCAAGGGCAAGAUGAUACCGGACUGCGAGAACAUCGAUUCCGUGGCACCGUUCCUCAACAAGCUCGAGUGAUCUAUAAACUCCACGAAUUUGUCAGACCGACUAUACGAUUAUAAUAUUUUACUUACGAACAAAUUAUUUUAACAAACACUCUAUAACUGCAGGCUAACCUAACCGAGUUUGUAUAAAUUAUAGUUUGAUGAUUUUAUGUACUCGGUCAAAGUUAAAACAUAAUAAUCCAUAAUAUACGAUUGUACUAUAUUGUAAUCAAAUACGACAAUUAAUAAAAUAAACCGAUAUUACUAUUACGA